AUGACUAAUGUUGGGAGGUUACCAGACCCUGGGCAAGUUUUGCUGCCGCUGAAAGAGGUCAAGUUCCAGGGUAUCACAUUCUUGGAAGACGAGCAGCUCCGUAAGCUAUGCGAGGCUGACCUCUCCACCUUGGAGAGUCUCUCCUUGGAGAGUCUCUCCUUGGAAGUCAACAACCUCUGCUCGAUGCCCCUCCUGUGUCGGGCGGUCUCCGCGGCAAAGUGUCCAGCACUGCAAAGUCUGGAGGUGGGAGUAAACACUUUGUUCGGUUGCAACGACGACAUGACCUUGGACCUCUUUGGGAAUGCUAGCCUUGGGGUGUUCUUCCAAGGGAUCCCUCCAGUCCAGUCCCUUACGCUGUCCAUCGUAGGACCAUCUUUGGUAACAACAAUCCCCUUGACCACAGCGCUUGCGAGGAGCUUGCGGACUCUAGACGUCUCGAUCGGAGGACCGUGGCAUGUUGACACCCCAGACCUUGACCUGUCUUCGAUUCCCCGGCUGGAGUGUCUCAAGUCUUUGACACUAGUUGGAUUGAAUCGUGGUAGCGCAAGCCACUUUGGGGCGCAGAUGGUGUCUGUGCUAGGCAAAUGUAGGAGUCUAAGAAGCCUAGCGUUUGACCUCUGGUCCAACAAAAAGGAAGGGGCGCAUGAAGAGUGGGCCGAAGUCCUCAACUGCAUCGCCGAAGCGGCCCCGCCAACUUUGACUGACCUCAAGGUAGAGGCAUCCCCCACAACUCUUGCGGAUGAAGAGACCAGGGACCUGUCAAUCCUUUUCUGCCAGUCUGGUUUCAGUAGGCGUUUGAGGAAGCUUGAGUGCGAACUAGGUGCGGAGGAAAAGGACCUGUUGGGGUUUGUGUUUAGGGGCUGGGAGGAUCUGGAAGAGUUGACCUUGAUCUGGGGUUCAGGCUACCAGAGUCCGGAAGAAUGUCUGCCAGCCACAGUCGAGAUCACGUGCCCUUCUUUGAGGACCCUGAACGUGCGUUCGCUGGGCUACCUCGAGCUUAUUGUACGGGAGGAUCUGAGUAGAUUUUUCCGGCCAGUUUUGGAGAGGCUCUAUAAGCACGAGGUCGUUGAACUAUGA